AUGUCGGCCAUCUAUAAUCUCGAACCGCAGCCCACCGGCAAGGCCAUCAUACACACGACCCUAGGCGAAAUCACCGUCGAGCUAUUCGCGAAGCAAACGCCACUUGCCUGCCGGAACUUUCUGCAGCUGGCCCUCGACGGCUACUACGACGAUACCAUAUUCCACCGUCUCGUGCCAGGAUUCAUCUUGCAAGGAGGCGACCCGACCGGCACUGGCAAUGGCGGCGAAUCAAUCUACGACGGUGGCGCAUUCAGCGGCGACCUGGAUCCCUGGCCGAUGGACAUGCGCCAAGGGAAGAACGCAGGACCGCAGGGCAUCAACUUUAAGGAUGAGUUCCAUUCAAGGUUGAAAUUCAACAGGCGCGGGUUGCUUGGUAUGGCGAACGAUGGGCGACCGGACACGAAUGGCAGCCAAUGGUUUUUUACGCUCGACAAGGCAGAGGAGCUCAAUGGGAAGAACACGCUGUUCGGCCGCGUCGCGCAAGAUGGCACAAUCUACAACUUGGCUAAGAUUGGAGAGUCAGAGGUCGCAGAGGGCACUGAUCGGCCCAUGUACCCCGUCAAGGUGCAGCGGGUAGAAAUCAUAGUGAACCCCUUUGAGGACAUGCAGAAGCGGUCACGCGUUGCGGUUCAAGCGCCCAGUAAACCGCCUGUCGAAAAGGAGAAGAAGAAGAAGCGCAAAGGGGGGAAGCAGUUGCUGAGUUUUGGGGACGAGGAGGGUGAGGAGGAGAUGCCUGUGCUGAAGAAGCCCAAGUUCGAUACCCGGCUUAUCGCUGCCGACGAGACGGUCGACGACGUUCCUGCAGUGAAAGCGAAACCGAAGAAGCGCAAAGUAUCACCAAAGCGACAGCUCUCUGGGCACGAGGAGGAGGAUGAGGAGGCCGAGUCGAUACCCAAGACCACCCUCAAGAAGAAACAGGUUCAGAUCCGGGAUGUAUCACCCGAGCCGGAACUGACACCGCCACCGAAGAAGAGUGCAGCCGAACAGGCUGACGAGGAGAUUGCCGCCUUGAAAGCGUCCAUGAAGCGCAACGUACAGACAGAAGAUACGGUUACACAUGAGAAGAAGUCUGCACUAGACUCGCUAAUACCGGAAUCAUCGAUCAAAGGAGGCCGGAAAAGACGACCGGGGCAGACUGCGCUGGAAGACCCCAAAACGCUCCAGAUGCUCAAAGCCUUCCAGUCGAGGCUGGAGAAGCUCCCGGAAAGCAAGGAGCCAGACACCGUCGUCAAUGUCAACGACGGCACUGAGGACGUGGAAGCAGCCGCUGGCGACGAGGAAGCGGAGCUAUGCGAUCUUCACUUCAUUGCCAACUGCCAGAGUUGCCGGGCCUGGGACAAGGACAUCAAGGAGGACAGCGACGACGAAGGUUGGAUGUCCCAUUCGCUUUCGUUUGCGGCAGAUCGGCUUGGCAAGGACCUUACCAACCGUCGCAAGGCUGAGGAGGAACUUGUCGUCAUUGAUCCUCGGGAGAAGGCCAAGGCCUUGAAGGAAGACAAGCGACCUCGUCGGGACCGAGGAGAGGGCAAGCAAUGGGACCAAAGGAGAGACCAGGCAAAGAAUGCGAAGCUGGCGAAAGCGGCGUCUCUGGCUGGCAGAGGUGCUAAAUGA